AUGAAUAAAAACCACACUAAUUUCAUGUGGUUGGGAAUUGUUCGCAUUGUGUUCCAGGUUGCUAAUUCAGCUGAAUGAAAAGGAAAAAGAAUUCCAGGAGCUUCUCAUGAACACACUUAAGACCAAACAAAGCCACAUCACCGCCCUGGAGGUCCGAGCUGCAUCUACAGCUACAGAUAGUAAACCUUCACCCCACAAUGCUCACAAUGUUGCUAUGGUGCGCUGGUUAAAAGGUGUUCCAGUGGAUAAGAAAACCAUAGAAAUGCUUGUUUUUCAUGAGUUCACAUUGGAUAGUCUCCUCCAUCUCGCUUGCAGAGAUGAUCUGCAAUACUGUGGCAUCAAAGGCGGGAUACUGUGUCGUUUGUGGGCUGCCAUCUCCAAGCAGAGGGAGUCUCUUCCCAGUCCAGUCAAGGAGGACAGGGAACAUACCAUUCUCUAAGCUAACAGACAUGAAUGACUCUCUCUUGACCAGUUUUUAGAUUCUAUGAGCUCAGUGAGUUUGCUGUUAAUAGAGUCUGUGCCUUUUUUGGCACUAUUA